AUGGGCAACCAGUUUACAGACAUUGGUCCCAACGCCACAUUCCUCCCCAACCUCCGGUCCUCACACAUUGUUGUGAUAGGUUUGGACAAUGCUGGGAAAACCUCACUCCUCUACAGACUCAAGCUGCGGGAAUUUGUUGAGACAAUCCCCACGAAAGGAUUCAACAUGGAACACAUUAAAGUGUCCGUGGAGCACUCCAAUACCUUUCAUUUCCAGGUAUGGGAUGUUGGCGGUCAGGAGAAAUUGAGGCCUCUCUGGAAGUCGUACACUCGGAGGACCGACGGCCUGGUGUUUGUGGUGGAUGCAGCCGAGGCCGAGCGAAUGGAGGAAGCUAAGGUGGAGCUUCACAGGAUCAGUCGGUCUGCUGAGAAUCAAGGGAUGCCUGUGUUGGUUCUGGCCAACAAGCAGGAUCUGGACUCAGCCAUGUCAGCUUCAGAGGUGGAGAAAGUUCUCUCUCUUCAGGAAAUGAGCUCUUCCACGCUAUACCACACACAAGGCUGCUCAGCGCUGGAUGGUCAGGGACUUCAAUUGGGCCUAGAGAAACUCUAUGAAAUGAUUCUGAAGCGGAAGAAGAUACUUCGACAGAGCAAAAAGAAGAAAUGA